AGGCUCCUCCAAAAUAGCCGCCUCCUUGUGUCGAUGUCCCAAAAGUAGUAUGAUACCGCCCAGAAACGUUUGGCUCAAAAUUGAGCGCGAGCUAGCCUUUUUUCGCCAGCUGAAGAGACUAAAACGGAUUGACACAGAAACGAGGCGUAUGCAGGGAAAUGGCGAGGGGACAUUGGAAGCGAGUAGUGCGCACAACAGGCAUAAGGAUAGCAAGGUGUACCUCACAAAUAGCAAAAUAAGUAAAGACAAUCCACGUGUUAGCGCUUCUAACGCGAAGGGGAAGAGGGAUGGCCGAUGGGAUGAUAACACGGCUAACUACACACACAUGCACACAAACAACGACAGGAGGAACCUCACCAGUCACUACGAAGGACAGCGUUACAAUAGCAAAAUUUUACCAAUCCGAUUGCAAAGUUUGAGUACAGCCUAUAACGAUGACCUAGUUAGGGGAAAACCAACCUAUUGGAGUUACCCAUCUCAGGAUAACAAGUACACCUUUGGAGAGCUGUUUAACGAGACUUCCUCCAAAUGGACCCUAGGUAGUAACAAUAAUGGGUUGUUUAUAAGCGGUUCUGAAAAGGGGAACAACAACUUCCUACGGGGAGAGCCCCCCCUGUGGAACGAGCACCUGAACGGGGACUAUAACGAUGGGGAAGUAACAAAUUUGGUCACUUCAAAUGAUGCAGCUACAAACCAAAGAAGGGUUGGAGAGUCCGCCUUUUUUUCCAAAUCAGCUGGAAGGGGUAACCCCAUGGAAGUAGCAACGUCGAUACACAUACAACAAUUUGGAGACUCCUCAAAACAUACGUAUGAUCCUACUGAAGAGAGGAGAAAAAAAAUAGAAGGUGAUGAAAUUUUAACAAUUUUUAAGUACAUUGAAAAUUUUCAUCACAAAAUGAAUUUUUACUACACAGAUAAAGUGGUGACCUUUUUGAAAAAAAAUCGAAAUGAACUCUCCACGGAUACUCUCUUAUGCGUAGCGAACAUUUACCUAAACGGUACUGACGAAAUGAUGAGCAGGAAUUUGACACAAGUCUUACACGACCGAGUGGACCACAUGAAUGAGGACCAGUUAGUGCGCCUAGCUGACUAUUUGAAGAGGGCGAAAAAUGUACAAAGCAUCCUCAUAGGGGGAAGCAGCAUGGGGGGAAACGGCAUAGGGGGCAUCAGCAUAGAAGGCAUCAUGAUGGGAGAUAAAAAGGACGGCAACAAGGACAUCCCAUUGGUCAGCAAAAUUCUCCACAAAAUAAAAAACGAUAGCGAAUUGAUCACUCCGAAUAAUCUCGCAUCGAUGUAUUUAAACAUGCACGAAGUUGUUAACAAAUUGUUGCCGUCCUCAGUUAACACUACCUACGGGAAAGAUGACCCUCUACUGAGGCAGGAGAAAAAAAAAGGGGCUCAUGAAGACACUCGUGAGGACACUCGUGAGGACACUCGUGAGGAAGUUACUCCGGAGACACUCGCGGAAAGGAAAAAUUUUACCACAAUGGGUAGCAUCCCCAUUGGAGAUGACAAAAAAGGAUCAGUCAUAAUGACAGGAGGUGUGUUAGAGAAGAACUCUCUUACGCAAGAACUGAUCAAAUUCUGUGAUAACUGCGUGAACAGCAUUUCGCACUUCCCAUCCGUCCUGAGUCUGUACCUUUUUUUUCUGCUGACCAAUUAUGUCUGCCCGGUGUCGUGGUUUUUUCUCAUAAAAAGGAUCGUGGAUGAUGUGAGGGCCUUCAACAAAAAACAGUAUGAGUUAUUGUACGAAAUAUUGAAGUGUGCCAUGAUAUUUAACUACAUAGACUUGAAUAAUUUCUCUAGUGGAAAUUCAUUCGGUUAUGUAAAUAGGUGGAGAAGGAGUCAGCCACCGGAAGAAACCUCCUUAAACAGCUACACCAAUAAGAAUAUGAACAGCCCAGCUAGCCAUUUUCUUAAAACAUUUCAGUACCUUCUAAACGCUUCCUAUUUUCACUACAAAAUGAAGUUGAUAAAUAAUCAGUACAUUUCCAAAGUUCCUUACGAAGAAGUUUUUAAUUACUUAAAAUUAAAGUAUGAGAAAAAUGUGGAAUUUAAACAGCUGUAUAUAAUGCCCUAUUUGCUUACUGACUAUAAUGUCAUCAUUGACCCCCUGCCUAGUACUCCUAUUCACAGAUGUAGUGGAUACAUCAUGGGAGAAAUACAACUCAAGCACAAAGUAUUUCAGUGCGAUAACUACGUAGUUUUGUCCUUUUAUGAUGGCAUGUGGGAUGAAUUUUUAAAGGUGCCCCAUGGGGGCGGAGAGCUCGCUUAUGAUAUCAAAGCCCUAGCGGAGCAUUUCAAAACAUACACCGAGUCCCACAUCAAAAUUAAAAUUAACAAGGCCGCCACGGUUCGCGCGGGUGUCGGUAUGCACAGCGGUGGGGUGAGUGCCAUAUCCGGCAACCACCCCAGUGGCGGAGCCAUUUCCCCCUUUGCGCUUGACAGCAAAGCCAGAGGCGGCGGACCCCCACCAGGCGUUAAUUAUCUUAAGUACACGAAGAAGGACUCCCCACAAGAGCAGAGAAGCAAGUACUUAACACACAAGCCCAACAGUAUGAGCUCUAAUCAAGAUCACAAUAAAUACUUAAAAAUUAAAACAAAAAUGGGGAGGAAAGCGGCCUG